AGAGGUACGGCGUCGCUUAAGUUCCCGCCCAAGUGCUGUUGGAACUCAUCGCCACAUUGUAACACUACGCAGAAGCUCCACCAUUCACCACCCUCUAAACCCCUAAACCACUCCUCUCCGCCGUCUUUCCGCGCCAGAAAAUGCUUAUAUCCAUAGUAGAAAGAUCCUUAUUUAGAGACAAAGACGGCGGUACUAAAGUCGUCAAACACCGCUUCUUAGGGUUCUUAAUCUGGCAAGCACUUCAAUCCACCGCCAUCUUCUUCCUCUCCAAAACCCUACUCCUUUCUCUCUUCACUCGAACCCCCUUCAAACCUUCAUUUCUCAGUAUCUUCGCUUUCAUAGUUUUCCACUUCUCCCUUCUCAUCUUCUCUACUUCCCUUUUCAUCAUCUCUUCUCCUCGCCCUCAACGCGCUGCUUCCCCUUUUGAGCUUCUGCUCGGUACUGCUCGGCUGAUACUUGUUCCCAUUUCUAACUCCCAGCCGCUGCUGUCCCCUGAUUUUCGGCUCCGGGCGAGGGCUUCCAUUAGUUUCGUGCUGUUUGUGGCGGUGUCUGCAGUAUCAGCGUCUUUGUCUGUGAUUACCCUCUGUUUGAGCUGUAAUGCUUUCGAUCAAUUGAAGCAGAGACGGCUGGUUAUUGGGAAAUUAGGGUUUUGGGGUUUGCAGAUCGGAUUGUUAUAUGGAGUGCAUUAUGUAUAUAACAAGCGGUGGGUUUUGCAGUUCCCGAUCAUCCAGCGUCCUCCCUUUUUCAGCUUUAAGAUGGGGCUACCUUUAGCUGUUGAGAAAGCUCUAAAGCUUUCUGCUGUUGGUUAUGUGCUUUCAGCUAUCCUUGCAUUUGCUCUACCUUAUGAGUUUAAGGGUCAACUUCCAGUAGGAAACUUCAUCACUGAGCAGAUUCUCUUUUAUAUUGGAAGUUUUGUGGUGAUUCUCUGCUGGGAAUUAUGUCAUCAUUUACACCAGGUGUUACACACAAAACGGUCCGUCUUUGCCCCUCCAAAAGGUUCUGCAGCUGCUGAAACAAAUCCAAGUGAACCGCUUCUGGCCGCAUUGGAGGAGAGCACACCAAAAUCUCUUUUGCAGUAUCUUGCAUACCUUGACCUUUGUAUGGUAUGCGAAGGUAAUGUUGAUCCUUGGCGCCGAGCUGCCUUCUUUGAGGAAAGUGGUGAAACUUACAAAAGAGUCAUUUCUGUGUGCUUGACCCCUGUUGAACAAUUCACAAGAAAUGUGAGUGAGGUUUUGGAAAGCUCUCCAGUUGAUAACUCCUUGCAACUGUCUCACCAGUUACGUUCUCCAAAUGAACAGCUUGCCGAUUCAAAGGUUUAUGAAUCAUUUGAUGACUUUCAGCUACUAGCUUGGUGUGCUCGCAUUGUGGCUUCACUGACCGUGCAUUCACACAAGGAGGACAGAUUUGGUGUUGCUCAACUAUCAGGGAGCAAUGCUGCUGUUAUUUCAACAUUGCUAUCGAGUUUAUUAGCUGUUGAAACUUUGAUGGGCAAGAAAACCAACUUACAGUCGUCAAAUACUUUAAUGGAUCCUGCUGGUAUUAAGUGGGCUACAUUAAACCCUGGAAGGAGAGAUUCAGCAGCAGGCAUGACAGGAAGAAGAAAAGGAGCCCCUUUUUAUGCAAAAGCAUAUUCGAUGGCUGAUAUCCUGAAGACUUCCAUCUAUGGUAUUAUCUCUGCUUUCUACGAUGAGAUGUCGCAUAGUGCCAAGGCAGGACUGCUUGAGAAAGAUUGGAUCAUCAGUAGUAAGCCAUUGUAUGGAACUCGUGAGCUCCUUUCACAGAAAUUGCGACUGUUCCUGGACUUCCAAGCUAGCUAGGGCAUGUUGCACUACAUGGAGGUUGAUUUUGAAGAGGUUGUGCUUGUGUUUUGAGGGAGAAUGCUUAAGAAGUUCGAUAGCUCAGUCCUGGUGUGUGAGAAAUGGUGCGAGAAAGAAAAGAUUCUAAGUUAUACCAGGUCCAUCUGGUGGAUGAUGUCUGCCCUUGGCAUUCAGAUCUCAACAAUUCCUUUUUCUUCUUUUUUUUUGGUGGGUAAAAUAGUGGGUUAAAUGUACGGAUAAUUGUCAUCUUUGUGCAUUAAUUGAGGGAUGUUUUAGGUUUGAAUUCUUCUCUUUGGUAUCACACACACAGACAUCUGCAGACUGCAAGGCUGUAACUUGUUCGUGUGAAUAUCUUUGGAAUAUUUGGUACCGUUAAGACAAAUAUGUAAGCAUAAGAAUUUUGUUGAAGAGAUUUCUGCAUCUAAUGCAAAGGUGAAAUUGAUAUGCUCAUGAACUUUUUGUUGUUGAUCACUG